UCAUGGUUCUGUGGUACAACGUUUCAUGGCUCCACGGCCAUACAGAAUACCAACGUUUCUCCAACGCUCUCUUUUCCCUAAGCUAGCCCAUUAUCCGAACUACAUGUAUCCUGCGCGGCAGGUUUACGUAAUAGUGACACGCUUGAGUGCAUGCCAAAAGGGCACGGGCUCCACAUGUCCAGGAUAUGGGGGAAGGACACCAACGAGACUUGCACUGCGCUGAAGUCUCGAUCGGUAUGAAUGUACCUUUUCCCCGUUGAUUUUGCUCGAUUUGGACCGGUGAAGUGCCCUGUUGUAGGUUAAAAACGGUCGUUGCUUAAGACCAGCUUCGGAACCUGUACAGGACUUGCAAGUAGAGCGUGGGCAGGCCAGAACGUCUAAACGUCAUGAAGCUGUGAGUGUAACCGCCACUCCAUUGUAGGUGACUUUUCCCAAAUAUUACUUGAGGAAGACAAAGGUAAAAUCCCAACGGUUUGGUGAUUUCCUUCCACGCUACAGAUGGUCACCCCUUCUGACGUUGUGGUGAUAUGAUUGAUACACUCCGGGAGCAAAAUGGCGUCGUGUGUUCGGCAGAGGUUCUUCUGCUGGUUUGCCGUCCUCUGUACUUUCUUUGUUGUUGUUCAAGUGAUGUUGCUUAUCAACCAGCAGAGAUGCAAUUCCGUAGGCCGACGAACCAGCAAAGACGCCUUCCACUCGACGCCGCAUCGGGCGACCAACAAAACCAUUUUUUUAAGAGAGACGGAGCAAAGACGUCGGUGCAAGCGGGCCGUGGAAAACUCCCCAAACCGGCCGAUAAAUUUCUCAUUGACCCAUCUCCUUCGAACAACAGUCUGUGGCCGUUUCACCGACACUGGGAGACCAACUGCUCAGCCAUAUUUGCAGGCGAUACAAGUGUUAUUCGACCGACCUAUAACAGGUUGAAGAAGGAGCGUCAAGCGCAUAAUGGCUCGAUUCUGGUGCCGGAGGACCACGAGGUGCAGACAUGGACGCGCUACUGUGAAUCGUACAAGCGCCUGAGGCGAUAUCCAAGCAGCCCGCGCUCGAAGGAAGAGGCUGAAUUCCCCGUUGCAUACAUCAUCGUUGUUCAUAAGGAGGCAGCCCAGGUCGAGCGACUCUUGAGGGCCAUUUACCAACCUCAGAACCUCUACUGCAUCCACCCUGACACCAAGUCGUCGUCGGACUUCCAUCGGGCGAUCAGGGGGCUGGUGGGCUGCUUCAAAAACGUAUUCAUUACGUCUAGGAGGGAAGAUGUGCAAUAUGCCGGGUACACCAGGCUCUUGGCCGAUAUCAACUGUAUGAGAGACCUGACCGGUCCGAGAGGCGACGAGUAUCGCUGGAAAUACGUCAUAAACCUAUGCGGGCAGGAUUUCCCACUGAAAACCAAUCUGGAGAUUGUUCGACAACUCAAGGCCUACAAAGGUCACAACGAUAUCACCGGCGUCGUACCGCCUAAGUACAUCACUGGCAGGACCUCUUACCAUCAUGUCAUCAAAAACAAGCAAGUCAAAAGGACCGGCCGGGCCAAGGUGCCCGCACCUCAUGCACUGAAAAUCCACUUCGGGAAUGCUUACUACGCAGCCACCAGGCACUUCGUUGACUAUGUCCUGACCAGUCCAGCGGGUACUGACCUCCUGCGCUGGUCCAACGAUACCUACAGUCCCGACGAACACUUCUGGGCUACCUUGCAGCGCGCCCCUGGCACGCCGGGCGGCUACCCGCACCCGACGUGGGACGAGAACGUGAGGUUCAUGAAGUGGGGAGACAUUACGAAGCACCCACCGUGCCGCGGGAUAUACGUGAGGGCGCUGUGCGUCUUUGGUGUCGGUUACCUAGAUUACCUCGCCACGCAGCCUUACCUCUUUGCUAACAAAUUCUACUAUAGCUACGACCCGGUAGCGAUACAAUGCUUAGAGGAGGCGCUCAUCAACAGGACUCAAAACCCUGCACUAUCAGACAGGCUUCCUAAUUUCCCCGUCACGAACCUCGUGUGGCAAAACCAUACAGCCUUACCGUAACAAGUAUAUUGUUUGCCCCUCAAUUAAGUAGGCACAAGUGCAUCUUCUGAAAAACAAGGGCCGGGCCCAUUGCUUUGCUGCGGCUUGAAACAGUAUACGGAUAUGCACGGAGCCACCAACCUGUAUUUUAAGUUAUUUCCAACAGUAGCAAAAGUCAUAUGGACACAUUUUGCAGUUGAAAUAAACCAUACGAUUUACUUACGAUUGAUCUCUUGAUGUCCAAGUUUGGGGAUCUGGGAAUAUAAAGCGAAAGGUUAAGAGUGCUUAGAUAAGCUUGAGUAAACCCGCUUUGUUUGAAAUACAACAAUUUUUAGUUUUGUGCUGUUACUUCUGUAUAAUUUUUAUAACGUAUUUUUGCAUUUUUAUUGGCCCUAUCAAUUCACACCAUUCGUGAUGAUUUUACUGUUAUCAUGAAGCUUUAGCUGUGCAAUAAAAGUCUAAGAAACAAGG